AUGUCAUCUGAUGAGGAUCCUCUGGGACACGUGCUAAACUUGAUCGAGUUCUUCAAACGACUGGGACAGUACAACCUCAAACUGUCUCCAGGGAAGGCUCGCGUCGGCGCCACGCACGCCAACUUUCUCCGUCACACCAUCUCUCCGGCAGGUGCUAUCCCUGAUGGCGUUAAGUCUAGGGCGCUCACGCACAUGCCGUCGCCGACGAAUGUUAGGCAGCUUCGGAGCCGUCUCGGUGGACUCAGCUACUACCGGAAAUUUCUCAAGAAUCUCGCCACCAAGGUGCGGCCUCUCAACUCUCUUCUCAAACAAGGCGUCCCUUCAACAAUCGAGGACAACAGCCGUCCUCUUCGUUUGUGUUCCGACGCGUGUAUCGACGGCUUUGGCGCCUCCUUGGAACAAGAACAGCUCGAUGGUUCGGUGAGACCCAUCGUGUACAUCAGCCGCACUACUCUGCCUGCGGAGCGUAACUGGACCGUUUUGGAUCUGGAGGCUGGUGGCAUUGUUUGGGCCAUCAAACGCCUUCGCGGUUAUCUGUGGUCGACCAAGUUCAUCAUCUAUUCGGACCACAAAGCAUUGGAGAGCAUUGGCAAGGUUGGGGAACACAACGCUAGAGUGCAACGAUGGCUGGAAUUCCUGUCCAACUUCACCUACACCCUGAAAUAUCGGAAAGGUUCGGCAAACGGCAACGCGGAUUUUCUUUCGCGGUUGCCUUUACCAGCACAAGACACGGACAAAACCGGCCCCGACUGCAUUGAUGGUGUCGAUCAAGCGGGUGUUUUCCUCAUUUGGGCUUGCGGGCGCAACUGUCACUCGUCGUCUACACCGGAGGUGCCGCUCGACAAACAAGACCACCCGGACCGCCGCGCGUCUGCUGCAGCCAUCCGCAACGCCGGCAUCAGCGUUUUCGUCGACUGCUCUUGCGCCACCGGUGUCUUCGCCGUCAGCGGCGCGCCCUGCAUCCCCGACUUCGCCUUCUCUACAGGUGGUCAUCAAAGCUUGGCCCGCGAUCAACUCGAGUAUUGCAACCUGGCUGUCGAUCGCCAGCGCCGGGCCUGCGAACUUGUCCGCGAAUACAGCGCGCUGAAGAUUUCGCGAGUCGAACGCCGAAAUUCACCCCUGCUGGAACCCAUCCACAAGCUCCCUCAAUUUACCGGUGGCGGGUGGGCUUGGGUGUACAACACGGCUGCUACAAUUCGACAGGGUGUGCAGAAGGACACGGACCAACAGGUGCUCAAGGCCAAAUUCGCACUUUCCUGGACGGGGCCCUACAAAGUUCUUGCGGUGGGUCCCACCUCUGCCGACGCCACUCCGGACGGCCGCCCGUUGGCGCGUAAACUCCUCUACCUGGACCUGCCUUCCGAUCUUUCCGGCCCGGCAGCUCGUUGUCGCGUGUCUGUCCUUCGUUGCAAGCCCUGUCGCAAUCCGUACGAGACGGACGACUUGCCGCAAUCUCUGCCCGCCGUGCUUUCGCGUCAUGUUCUGCACUCUUUCGGAGAUAAAUGUCCACCUUUCCACGUCACCGCGGAUGAUGUGUCGGUGCCUGUCGGGCGCCUCGAGGUCGACUACUUCUCGGGACAUCAACUGGUGCGGGGCCGUAGCGGCGUUCUCGCUGUCCUGUACCAGACGCAUUGGGUAGGCCUGACUACUCCUUCAUGGGAACGGGAAUCCGACCUUGAUCUAUUCCGUCGACACAUCCUCUUGUACUGGUCCCGGGAGGCCUGCCAAAGCAAGCAGGCGGGAGCUAGCCCGGAAUCGUGGAGAACGCUAUUGGCCUCCUGGGGCUGA